GCGGCUCCUCCUCAGCUCAGCGGAACGGAAGACAAGCGCUGCAAAGAGCCGCCUCAAGACCGGCCCGCCUCUCCGCCGCCCAGACGACCGACUCCCAUGGCCCUCUCUGAGGCCCAGGCCUGCGGGAGGCGGCUGCUGCUGUGGUCCCCACCGAGGGUCAUCCUCUUCGGAGACUCCAUCACUGAGUUCUCCUUCCAAGAAAAUGGAUGGGGAGCCUCACUUGCUCACCGCUUGGCUAGAAAAUGUGAUGUUCUGAAUCGUGGACUCUCUGGCUAUAACACAAGGUGGGCAAAAAUUGCUCUGCCAAGAUUGAUCAGCAAAGAUUCUGAUGCUAAGAACACUGUUGCUGUAACUGUCUUCUUUGGAGCCAAUGAUGGUGCUUUAAAAGAUGUGAAUCCUAAACAGCAUGUGCCACUGGAUGAGUAUGCUGACAAUUUGAAAAGUAUGAUACAAUACCUAAAGUCUGUGGACAUUACAGAGGAUAAAGUAAUUUUGGUGACGCCACCACCCCUGCAUGAAGCAGCUUGGGGAAAAGAGUGCACUGCCAAAGGUGAAAAAUUAAACCGCCUCAACUCUACCACAGGAGAAUAUGCCAAGGCAUGUGUUAAAGUAGCCAGAGAUUGUGGCACUUCCAUCAUUGAUCUGUGGACACUUAUGCAAAAAAAUAACCAGGACUUUGGCUGCUACCUCUCCGAUGGACUUCAUUUAUCAGCGGAAGGAAACAAUUUUCUAGCAAACCAGCUUUGGUCACUCCUGGAACAAAGAACAUCAGCACUCCCUGUAAUGCUUCCCUACUGGCGUGAUGUAGAUCAUCUCAACCCUGAAGCUAGCCUCCAGGGGAAUCUUCAUGAUCAUGAUUUAUAAAAGUUAUAAAGCAGUGGCCACUGGAGAGAAAACAGCAGGUGAUCGUGGUAAUAUACCUUUGAUUAAAUCACACCUCUACAGAAGGUGCAUUUACUACAAAGAGAAGUCAGCUUGCACGCAACCCUUUUAAGGAGAGGUAUAAAAAUCAUUUUAUUACAUUGUAUUGGGAGUUCACUCCUCACACAAAACUUUACUGCUAAGUAAGAAAUCUAAAAUCAGACUAUAGAUACAAAUACCAAAAAGGCACAAGUUCAAGUAUUAGUGUAACAAAUAUCCAUGAAAAAGACACAUUUGUCACAGGUUUGGUUGAUCAGAUAUGAAAAAAUACAUGUCUUUCAUAAUUAAGGAUUUUUUUAUACUUAAGUUGGCUUUUGAUGCAGCUAUUAAAUGUGUAGAUUUUACACAAAUUAAUGUAGGACAUGAUUAUGUUGCAAAAUAGCCAUUUAAGCAGUAACAACACUUUUUUUCAGUCCAUGCAUUUCUGUUGUCACAGGCCCCAAUUUUGAGAUCAAUCUCCUGCUGCCAAUUUAGAAGGAAGAAAACUUUGCAGGGCCUCGGCACCACCCCCUACUAUAAGAAAGGAUAGGAAAUGACCACAUGAAUUCAGCAACCAACACAAAGGUGUUAUUGCUUACAGAUCUUAUACCAUCUGUAUAAGACUGGCUGCUUGGGGAGGGGGACAGGAACUCUGUUUGGUCCUCACCCCCUCAAACAAGCAAAAAACUGGAUUCAUUACACAUCUAUAUGCUUUCACGACAUCUCCUUUCUAGUUUUGUAUCACAUGAAAGCCCGAUCAGCGGCACUGUUUUUAAUCUGUUAAAUUUUGACAGGCAGCAAUUUGCUAGAAUAAAAUUAUCUCCCCACAAAGCUGAAGGAGUAAAGUUUCAAUGCAUAUUUUAUCCACUUGGUUUUGUAGAAAAAGGCCAUCAUCCAUGACAUUGUCAUGUGCCCUUAAAGCCCUGCUGCAAUAAAUGGAAUUUUUAACAUUGCUUAGGUCUCUAAUGGUUUCUGGUCAAAAACUGCAUAAUUAAAAGUCCUGUUUCGAACAACCAUGAAAAACAUUAUCAGAUUUUGCUGUGUUACCUAACCGCCCCCCCCAAUAUACUUCAUAAGUCUUUCUUAGUUUAAAAUGUUCACGUAAUUUCUCAGUUUUAAAAGAAAAAUACUGCUGAAUGCUGUAAUACCUUCUUGUAAGUCACUACAUACCGUGUUUCUCAUAUUAUAAGACAUGUCUUAUAUUUAUUUUUUCCUCAAAAAAAAACACUAUGGCUUAUUUUCAAGGGAUGUCUUAUUCUUUUUCCUCCUCCUCCUGCCGCGUCCAUCACUAUGUCUUAUUUUCGGGGUAUGGCUUAUAUUCCUUGAAUGCUUAAAAAUCCUGCUAUGGCUUAUUUUAUGGGUAUGUCUUAAAAUAUGAGAAACAGGGUAUUGGGACUUUUCUGUAUUCUAAAAACUUUGCAGUGCUGUUCAACUACAAAAAGGCACUUUACUAAGAUAAACAACUGGUAUCAGGCAGAUUAUGCCUGUGGCAUAGAGGCAUUAUGCCUCUAUGCCACAGGCUGACGGAAAUGUUCAAAUCAAGACUACAAGAAAAAAUUCAAAAAGUUUCAGUACACUUGAGUCUGUGUGUACAUAGCACUCACACUGAAACUAAAGAAGAUCAUACACAUGGCCAGCAUCUGCAGUAGGUCACUUCCUUGUUUCUGUUUUUCAAUACAAUAUAUACACAUACAAGAUAUUUCUCUAAUGAAAUGGCUUUAGUUCAUCAAGUUGAACAUGAUUUUUGCACAUCAGAGCCAACAGCUCCAAAGGCAGCUAGAGACUAGCAUUCUGUUUCUUUGCUGUCCACUCUAUGUUGGCGUUGCAGUUUGAAGGACGAUGCUUUCUCACUCCUUGUGACAGGAUGAUCUGUAAGAUCCUCAAAUGACUUGGCAGUUGUGCUGUUGUUUGGGAAAGGAUCCUUAUCAAAGCAAUCAUCCUCCAUGUGAGAGUCUGUACUUGGAUCCUCUUGAAUGGUGUCCAUUCUUUGAUGGUCCAGUUUCGGAACCACCGCAGCCACAGAGACUGGUACAAUAUGCUGCAGGGGCUGGAGCCGGCUAGUCGAGGGCACAGCAGGUGGCGGCUUGAUAAUUCGAACGGAGGCCGAAUCCAUGCUGCUCAACAUCUCAACAUUCUGCAAGGACACAAACAAGCAGCACAGUUAUGGAACAAUACUGGUGGCCAAAAACACAGUGCCAGACCUCUCACUACCUUCAAUCUCUGGGCAAGCUGUAUACAAAUGCUCUGUAAUUAAGGUGGCUACCAGGCAGUACUAAGAUUCAACACAGAUGACAGAAGACUGACUAGCACUACCAAUCCCAGAAUUCUGACAGAUACAAAUCCUGGCAUCAAUAGUGGCAGAGGAGCAAGGUACUUUAAUAAUUUAUUAUUUACUAUGAUCUGUAGGAUCUUGAAGUAACUUUAAUUUCAUUUCUUCAAUAUCUUUUUAACAUGUUGGAGGAGUAUGGGGUAUACAUGUUUUGGUGCUCGGAACUUUCCGUCUAUCACUAAUGCUAGCCGAUUCAAAUAAAGUAGAAUCCAAAUAAUGGGAGUAGACAAGAGUAAAUGCACUAGGAACAGGAAUUCCUAGUACUGCAAAAUUAGAGCAUUCAGCUGAACAGAAAGCAAGUUCAUGACUUAUAAACUAAAAGAUGUAUAGACCAAAAUUCUACAAAACUUCCAGCGUAGUUUACCAAAAGUGUAUCAACUUCUGGAAGAUACAUUUAUUCCAUGGAAAUUUGUUCAUCCUAAACAUGAAUAGUCUCUGCAAGCCUCUGUCACAUCUGUAUUGUAACAAAUAGGAUACUGAAAACAUUAUUCAGCAGAAAGCAAACUUACACUGGGGCCAAACAGAGAUUUGGUGUUCUCUUCAUACUGCCUAUCCAGCUUCUUGUCCUAUUAAAAAAGAGGGAAAUGUAAGAAGUCAGCUAUGGAAGACACCCACCCACCCCUGUCCACUCCGAUUAACUUCAGGUUAGAACAUUCCCUAAAUGUUUAACUACCCACUAUCAUAAGUAAAGCUCAAGUAAAUGAAGCAAAAUAUAAACACCUCUCUUUAAUUUCUGCUCACACUUAAAUUAAAGGCAUUUGUUUCAUAAAGUUUGUAAUUUAAACUUACCACACAGUGUACAAGAAUGCUUAGAGGAAUCCAAAAUAUUAAGGAGAAUACAAGCACAGAUCCUACUAUGUUGUCUGCUAAAAAUUUUCCUGUAAAAAAAAAAGAUACACCCAAUUUCAGAGGCAGACAAAAUAUAUUUGGGUCCAGUGUUAAGAAUUCUACAAAUAUUUUUCAAGUGGUAGCUAGUCCAUCUGCUGUCACAGGAUCAUAUAAUUUGUUCAGUAGAUACAACUCUGAAUGACUUGUUUAUAAAUCAGAGUAGAACCACUGAAAUGGACUAAAGUUGAUCAGAAUGAAUUUAAAAACCUAAGAAAAUGUUCAUGAGUCCAGGUGAUCAUGACUUAGUUGGAUAUAAUGCUUUAUCUUAAAUGUUUAGAUGUUACUGUAUUUCCCAAUGUUGUGGAAUUGCAAGUGAGCACUCUCUUAGUUCUCCAAGACUUCUGUGGGUGGUGUUUUUAAUUAAACUAUUUCAAUUCUGCCCUACAACAA